UGAGAAAGGUGAUUUCGACUGAAUUCGCAGCUUCGUCCUUCUUUCUCACCACCUUGUCGAUCUAUCUCAACCCUCUGGUAGGGCGUGGGAACACUCUCCUUCAUCGUUUGCCUCUUGUUUGACGUCUUCAUAACUGUCAGAGUAUCAGAUUCUCACUCCUUUUCGUCACGCUCAAGACCUCGUUUUGUUAAUGUGCACAUUUCACUCCUUACCUUUCACUGCGCUCAUACUCAUGCCAAAACACCAUGCCUGACCUCGCACGACGUCAUGUCGUGUCGGCAAUACCACCCUCCCUCACCAUCAACAACCCCAACCACAUCAGAGACCUUGGGUGCUUUGAUGAAGACACUUGUCGUUACUUUCUUCGGGAGGUUGGCACAAGGGUCGUUCCUUUUUACCCCUUCUCAUUCGGAAUGGAAGAAGUGUACAGCUUGAUAUUAGAAAGAUAUGGAUAUGAUGGAAUCCCUGAUGCCACAAGCGUACUUCAAGAUCUUCUCGAAAGUGAAGGAGAGGCAGGUGGUUUUGGUGACGAUGGCGACAUUUGGCGUUCCUGGCGUCAUAACUGGAGGCAUCGAAACGAUGACUCUCUCAACCCAUUCAUCCCUAAGGUGGGCAACUUCGUUUUGCAAUCACCAACUCCACCACAUAUUCGACGCUUGAAGGCACAGAACUUCAUCCGCAAAACACAAGCCCUUGAUGCUCAGACACAGCGAACACCGUUAGCACCAGUAUCGGGUAACGGAACCAUGACCAGACCUUUCGCUCCCAGCGACUUUAAGGGCAACACCAUACUUCAAGACGACUCAUAUGAGCUGCCUGCAACAACAUACUCUCAUCAGAGAUGCAGGGCACUGCUAGCAUCCGAGCACGGCUCACCCUCUUCCAACCUUGAAAGAGCUGGUCGACCAAGCAUGGCAACACGAUCAGACACAACAGAUCAUUCUUCUCAGCAAGACUUUGCCGAGGUCACUGAUCCAAUGCUGGAGACUGAUAUUGAUCCUUCGCUCUUGCUUGCGUUCGAUAUGCUCUCAACACCAUCGUCCCCAACCUCUGAGCAAAUACCAGGCUUAAGAGGCGGGCAAGGCGUUAUAUAUAGAUUGAAACAGGUCGACACCUCCAAGCUAUCCCCUCAGAAGACUGAAGAAGGGCAACCAACUGUUUCAAUCGAUUCAUCACCAGAAAACAUCUCCUCGCAUGACGUACGGUGUGGACCAAACUCCCAUCGAUUGUCAUCCUUGACGAACACACAAACCCCAGAGCGUCUGGAAAGAGCAAACUUAGCCGAGAAUUCAAGUGAGGCAUCUCAAAAUGUCAAAUCUCCUGAUCAAAUCCCUGCAGCCGACAAACAGGAGCCAAGCAAGCGCAGACAUGCAAUAAAGCGAGAGGCUAGACUCAUUGAUGGUCACAUCAUCACUCCAGGAGCUCGCAAAAGACUGUCAUCGCAAGACAGACCCCAAGUUGAUCGUGUCGCCAACGUUGAUGAGACAAAACCUCAGAUCACUCGCCGCAGUUGGACACCGGUCCGGCAGAAUCGCGAUUCACCACGCCAUAGCUGGCUACAUUCUGUCCGAUCAAUCUUCCAUUCCAAGGGCGGUGAGAAGAGCGCCAAGUCGUCAUCCCACAAGGCCUCAGUCUCCAAAGGAGCAAAGGACUCUCGAAAUCCAGCUGCGAACAGUGAUCCUCCCUCUCAUCAUCCACACACUGUUGCAAGCUCGUCUCCUUUCUCGCAGGGCCUCGACGGUACUUUCGACAGCAACGAAGCUCUUUUCUCAAGACACUCUUCCUUACGCUCAAGGCUUUCACUGAACCUCAAUAAACUUCUGACACUCAACUCCCCAGAGAUCGACUGGUUGUCUACCGCCACGAUCCUCACCUUUCCAAGCAACCUCGCGCUACAACCAAACCUUCAUCCACUGACGUAUUGAUCUCGAAUUCUAUCGAAAAGACAUCAGAGAAAAUCUCGAUUUCGACCACGGUCUAUCGCGAGUCUCAUCACAGACAGAAUACAGAUACAAUCGAGCUUUCGUCUCAAAUUCUAUCGCAAA